CUCCUCCUCGUCUAAAUCUUGGUGGCACAGACCCGAACCCGAACAGCAGCACAUUGGAGUCAUAGCGCAUUGAAAGAAAACUGAAAAGCAAUCUUCAGCGGGAGAGACUCUCCUGAACGCGUGGAAGUGGAAGCGAAGCUUACUGCCGCUGCCAAAUAAUGAGUCGACAUGAAGGCGUCAGCUGCGAUUCAUGUCUUAAGAGCAACUUUAACGGAAGGAGAUACAAGUGCUUGAUUUGCUAUGACUAUGAUCUGUGCGCCGACUGUUACGAGGAUGGCGUCACUUCCACGCGCCAUUUGGUCGAGCACCCCAUGCAGUGCAUUCUUACCCGCUCCGACAUCGAGCUGUACUUUGGCGGCGAGAUGCUAACCUCUGAUCAGCCACAGAGUUUCACGUGUCCCUACUGCAAGAAAAUGGGCUUCAGUGACGCCACCUUGCUGGAGCACGUCUCCGCCGAGCACACGGAGACCAGUCUGGAAGUGGUCUGUCCGGUCUGUGCCGGUCUGCCGGGCGGGGAGCCGAAUCUAGUCACAGACGACUUCGCCGGUCACCUUACACUGGAACACAGGCAGGGACCGCGCGAGCUCAUUUCCUUUCUGGACGAGCCUUCGGCCAUCCGUCAUGGUGGUGGAGUGCGUCGGAUUCCCGGACGCACCCUCGGAGGACCGCGGACAAGGCGCUCCAACAUGCACUUCAGCUCGUCGAGCGGACUGUCGGCCUUGUCGCCCUCGGGUCGGGAAUCUGUUGAUCCCAUUGCAGAACUGUUGUCGCAGCUUUCCGGAGUGAGGAGGGGUGGUCCGCCUACGUCGCAGCUGCAACAGCUACAGAUGCAGAUGCAGUUGGAUCGUCAGCAGGUGACGGCAUCGCGCCAAAUCGAUCGGCUGCCAAGGCGUGCGCAUCCCAUAGCCUCAACAUCGAACUUGAAUGCAGCCAUGGCCGAAGUGAUCAGCGGUGGAACAGGAAACGGAGGCGGAGGAAGCGGCGCAGUUGGAAGUGGUAGUGGUGGCGGCAGCGGAGGCACCGCUCCGCCCAACCUGCGCACCACUGAGUGGCCAGUGACAGCGAGCUUCUCGACAUCAGCCAGCAAUCACUCGCAGACUCAGUCGAGUCUGGCCCCCAACAGCCUCAAUGCUAGAGAAGUAGCGGUCGGCACUAGCACCAGUGGCACCAAUACCCUGGGCAUCAGUGUAGGUGUUGGCGGAACGGCCAACGGCAAUGGAGCAGGAUCGACCGGAAUAGGAGUCGUUGGUGGAGCUAAUGGUCAGGCAGUCGGCCAGGUGGGAGCGCCAGCCGGCGAGACCCUUUUGCUGUCUCAGUUCAUGCAGCCUACGCUUACUGAGGCUGAGUGGGCGAACUUGGAGCGCAAGCGGGGAGAACGUUCCAUGUUUGUGCAGUCGCUUAUGCUGUCGAUGCUCUGCACUGAGGCACUGGACUUGAAUGACUCCGAUGAGAGCUUGAGCAAGAGUGAUAAUGUAAAUAAGGGGCAACAACAACAGCAGCAGGAUGACGCCGAGGCGGAGACGCUGCUGAAUAACAACGCCGACGUGGAGCAGCAACCACAACCGGCGAUGGUGCGACAGGUGAAUCAAAUGCAACAAACCUCACCAGAGGACUUUGUGUGCGAUGAGUAUCGCUACAAAAACAAAAAGGCCAACACAACACAAAGCGGCGCGGCAAGUGGCGUUGGAGGAGGAGGUCUAGGGGGAGGCGGGGGAGCGGUCGCAGGACCAGGAGCCGCUGCUGCUCCGGGGGGUGGAAGUACCGGCGGAGCUGGCAGCAAGCCAACGGCUGACAGAGGCAUUGAGAGGCGGGGCGGAGGGCGGCCACCGCCAGCAGAAAUGGCCACGGGAUCGCAGCAGCCUCAGCAGCAACAGUCCACGGCCAAUACUGCGGCAUCCCAGCAGAAAUACAAACAAAACGCUAAUGGUGCGGCGGCGACAGCUAACACAAAUCAAAUUCCCGACACUAGGUAGUGCCUCUGAUGAUGUUCACCAAGAGAUGCAUCAACAUCAACAACCACACAACAACUACAACAAUAGAAGCCACACCCAAUGUAGCUGCAGCAUCCACAACAAAUCUAUCACAUCCACCACCACAAACAUAGCAAACAGCAACCGAAUAAAACAGAAAGAUCAGCAGCCACAGUGGAACUAAAACCAACACAGCCGUAUAAGUAACAAGUAAACCGUAGUGGAGGAUAGCUGCUGCUCCGGAGGAAUCCGAUUCGUCUUAAGCAGUUGCUGGCGUGUCCGCCGCAGCAAUUUCGUCAAAAGGAAAACUAUAUUAUGUAUCGUUUAUUAAAUAUAUUAAAAUUUAUAUAAUUAUAAAAAAUGAGAGGAGAUGUGUGCAGCAAGAAAAAUUAUUGUAAUCAUUGAAUUAAUUAUAAUUUAAAGAAACCACAAAAAC